AGCGACUCUGUGCAGAAUCUUUCAAAAGAGUGAGAGAACGAAUUGUCACUAGAAAAUCUACUUAUACAAAAAUGCAAUAUCUUUUUGCCGUUUCAAAAAUUGAACUUUAUCGACAGUGAGUUAUAUAUAAUAUAAAAAGUGAUGCGUUCUUAUAAUUAGUGAGGGGGGUCCUCGCGCGCAGUGAGUCCUUUGGUCCUCUUCGACGGAAACUGGUAUUUUGCCGGGGAUUUUUUUGUGGUACAUCUGCGUGAGACGAAGACCGAGACCGUGAACUUCAAGUGCAAGGAUAAGCGGGAUCUUCCUGUUGCGCUUCCGCGAGAGUCGGCCAACACGGAGAGCUGGAGCUGCUGUACGACUUUUCUCCUUCGCGGAUUGCCUUCCUAGGGUUGUUUGGCAAUGGCGCCAUCUCAUGGUUGCGUAAGACGGAGAUUGAGCAGGUUGUGGAGAAUUUUCAGGAUUUCGAGUAUGAUACGUUCAACAAGGACAGAUUGGGUCAGGAGACCUGCCUUCCUCAAGACCCGAUGAAGGCUGUACACGAGUGUAAACAGCCUGUUCCGACGGCUUCCGCAGCCAAAUCCACGUUACUCGAGGUUCUUCCUGAUGGUGAGGUUGUGUCAUCCGGGCAGACAACAGUCGCCGAUGGCAGUCUUUUCAGCGGCGCGGUGGAUCAGACCCAGAGUGCAAACGCGGUCGUCUCGGUAACGCGGCAUCCGGAGGAUCCGCCGAUCCAGGAUGUUCCGCGUGUGCGCGCGGAGAAAAGAACAGGUACUAUGGGUUGGGUUUUCAUCAUCUUCCUCAUAGAUGAGUUGUAAUGCAUACCAAAAAGAAAAACUACCAUGGUGUUAAGACGAUUGUAAAAAGGGGGAUCCCCGAGUCCGUAGAUUACUCAAGAAAUUGCCUCUAGCAAGUGGAUCACUCAAGAGAGCAAUGCGUCUCCAAUAUAGCUGACCGCGAGAAAAGGAGACAGCAAUAUUUAUCGAUCUCGUUUUCUGGAGCUAGUGGAUACCAGUUCAGAAGAAGCUCAGGCAAACCGAUAGCUUGUUGUUGCGUGAAUUUUGAAAAGAGAUUCGGAACUAUGCCAGGUACUAGAUAUAUUUAUUUAGUAGGUCAGCGAUUUGAUCAUGAUCUUGUUAGGUCCACAAACGUUAAAGAGGUUUAGCACUUGCUUUGAAGGACAAGUAUCCAAAAAGACGCGAAGAAAAUAAGUCAGUUUUUUUAUCAACUUUUCUCAAAUUCAGAGCAAGGUAGUUACAUCAAUAUUCACACUUUCUCCCUCAGGUAAUAAUUCGAGCAGAAACCACGAGUUAGCUACUUCAGAACUCUCGACCAGGAUAGGUAUGUGUUAGCAAACAAUUUAAAACUUCGUUUUCAAGAGAAAGCAAGUUGGGGACUCGAGAACAAGGAUUUGCAUGAACAUGUGGGACUUUCUUUGCCUGUGUACAAAUACAGGCCUCAUGGUGUGACGCAGUUGAAGGUUUCGAAGUCCGAAAUCCCAUGCAUUAUGCAGGCUAUGUUUCAAUGAUAUAUUCAUCUGUACAAUCAUUUUCAUUUUUGACUUCUUUCUGAAAGUAGGAAUAAGCACAAAAGGGAGGUGAGUAAUGCAGCCAUGCUAUAUUGUAAUCGAAAAAUUGAAUCAGAAUUCCAACACAUCACCUUUAUUUUCAAGUCCGUUCCUUUUCGUGACUACAUGUACAACGCAGUCACUUCCCAUUUUUCGGGUCUUCUGUAUUUUGUACUCUUUCCUGGUUUUGUUUCAAUAGUUUUGAGGUCCAUUGAUCAUUGUCGUUUUUUUUCAUUUGGUUCGUAUCUGUGCUUCUGAAAAAUGCUAGUUUUCUCUGCGCUCAUCGCCGCCAAUGCUGUAAAUUGGAACAGGUACUCGUGCCUGUGGAGAUUGAGGUUUGUGAAAUUAGAUAACCGACUUUUUGGCAAAGUUAGAUGACGAUCCAUUUGCGCUGAAAGUGCAUCGCUCGUUUCCGUCUGUCUUCGAAGACACGUAAACGCAAACAGUAGCUAGCUCAGAACCUGUGGUGCUUUAUCCGUCGCUCUUCAUUUUCCUAUUCUACAAGAACGCUCGCGGGCCAAUUUUGCUGUUGACGGACUCACGAGAUGAAGAAAGGAACUUGGAGAACGACGCAGUCAAUUUCCACGAAUGAUUAUGUGGAUAUGAUGAAGAGGUUUUUCGAGGAGUUCAGCACCAAGAACUGAUAUUCAUUGAGC